UGUCAAAAAAAAAAAAGGAAGAAAGAAAGGAGGAGGGCCGCAGGGAGAAAGGAAGUUCUAAUUUUACAGAACGUGAGCGCGUUCAGAAGACAGACUGGGGCGCGACCUGCAGAAGGGACAGAAGUCGUCCCGGCUGGCAUCGGCCGGGUCUUGCAUCCCUGGAAUUGCGCGGCAGCAGAGCGUUUUAGCGGAGAAAAUAAGUCUUACGGGCCGGGGGGGGUCUUUCCUCGCCCACCUGGCCGCCAUGCAAUUCCUCCCGGACUUCCUGGCCUUCAGCCUCCUGCUGGCCGCCUGGGGGGCGAAGGGGAGCCAGCGGAGGGCGGGCGAGGGCGUCUUCCGCCGCCGGUCCCACCGCGUCCAGCACGGCCGCUGCAGUUACACCUUCGUCCUGCCCGAAGCGGAUCCGCCCCUCUGCCCACCCAGCGGAGACCCUUUGGGCAUCAACUCGCUGCAGCGGGAUUCCCCGGCGGAGUCUUUUCCCGGGAAUGACGGGCAGCCCACCUUGCGGGUCCAGCAGCUGGAGAGGACCUUAGAAAAUAACACCCAGUGGCUAAUGAAGCUGGAGAACUUCAUCCAGAUGAACAUCAAGUCUGAGAUGGAGCACAUCCAACAAAAUGUGGUACAGAACCAGACGGCUGCAAUAUUGGAGAUUGGCACCAACCUCUUGAGCCAGACAGCUGAGCAGACACGAAAACUGACCAAUGUGGAGACCCAGGUCCUAAACCAGACCUCACGCAUUGAAAUACAACUCCUGGAGAAUUCCCUGUCCACCAACAAGUUGGAAAGGCAGCUGCUGAUGCAGACCAACGAGAUUCACAAACUCCAGGACCAGAACAGCAUCUUAGAAACCCGAGUCCUGCAGAUGGAAACGAAGCACUUGCGAGAACUGGAGGACCUUCGGACGGAGAAGGAGCAGCUCCAGCAGCUGGUGAGCCACCAGAGCGACACCAUCAAGGGCCUGGAGAAGUCCCUGCACGUCGCCAGCAGGAAUGCCAGCCUCCUUCAGCAACAGCAGCUGCAGCUCCUGGAGUCGGUCCAGAGUUUGGUCUCCCUUGUCUCGCAAGGCAAAGUUCUUCUGAAAAACGAAGACCGUCUGUUUCAAGACUGCACAGACAUCCUUCAGUCUGGAUUCAACCUCAGUGGGGUUUACACCCUCCAUAUUAACAACUUGACUGAACCCAAAAAGGCCUUCUGUGACAUGGAAACAGAUGGAGGAGGAUGGACGGUGAUCCAACGCCGGGUUAACGGCAGCGCUAGCUUCCAAAAAACCUGGAAAGAGUAUAAACAGGGUUUUGGGGAUGCAGCAGGAGAAUACUGGCUGGGGAAUGAGGCCGUCCACCUCUUGACAAACCAGGCAGCCUAUACUCUGAGGGUGGAGCUUCUUGACUGGGAAGGCAACCAUGCCUAUGCCCAAUAUGACAAAUUCCGGCUUGGAAGUGAGCGCCAGCGAUAUAGGCUCUUUCUGAAAGGCUACAAGGGCUCAGCCGGCAUGCAAAGCGGUCUGCCCCUCCAAGGAACUUCGUUCAGCACUCGGGACGCUGAUAACGACAACUGCAUGUGCAGAUGUGCACAGAUGCUUUCCGGCGGUUGGUGGUUUGAUGCCUGUGGCCUCUCCAAUCUGAACGGCAUCUAUUAUCCGGCCCGGCACAACAUCCGGAAACUGAACGGGGUCCGGUGGCAUUACUUCCAAGGUCCAGGAUACUCAUUAAAAGGCACACGGAUGAUGAUCAGGCUUUCCAGCAGCCGUGACGGGGCGUAACGGGGCUGGCCAGGAUGCUGUUCCUCCAAGUCGUAUUGCACAAUCCCUGAGGCCUUGUAGCAUUGGACUCCUGGGGGAAAAGCAAUGAACUUUGGGAAGCAUGAUGCUUUGCGCCGGGCUGGAGACCUCACCACCGAGGAAGGUUGCAAGGAGAAAAAUGCAUUUCAGAUAAGCAAAGAAGCUUGUGGAGGGCUCCUGUGUUUCCAAGGAAAGGAAGACAGGACUCGAAUGUUCCCCAUCUAUCCAAAGGGAUUUGUGUGAUUUAGAUCUUUUGCGG